GCAUGCACGCAUCCACCACAUGAGCGGCAGCUGCUACGCGAUCACAGGUCGCGAACCGGAUCCACCAUCAUUUCGGCUGUCAUCGGUCGGACACACUGUCAUUUGAUCAAACACGUUGCUUCAAGAUGGCCUUUCGAGCGAGCAAGCUAUUAUAUCAGGCGAGCGGAGCCAGCAGCGGAGUCUCCUCGAGCCUGUCCGCUCAGCCCUUUUCCGCAGCACACAAAUCCUACGUUCAAGGACUGUACCGUCGCUACCUCAAGAACGAGCUGGAUUGGGUGAUUAGACGGGAUAUCUGGAGAGACAGGGCGAUCGAAAUUAGAGCAGAGUUUGAGAGGGCUAGACAUAUCAGGAACCCUAGGGAAUUGGCGAGCGUGCUCGAAAAGGCGGAGAAAGACUUGUUGAGCAGAGCUCAUCCGGAUCCAUACAAACGUAAGUGGGGAGGCAUUUUCGUGGAUCAGGGCAGUUGGUGCCAAUGCUAGCCUACGAAUUGCGGAAGAGACCUAUGGUCGUUAUCUUUCAGCGUUGCCGGGUUAU